CUAGCGCCCUGACGCCGGCGGACCGGUAGGCCCGGCUCCCCCGGCUCGACUAGCGUCUGGGGAGGUGAGGUGUAUGUCCGCGACGCGCGGGUAGGGGUAGCGCCAGCGAUGAAGAAUGACGACAAAUAGCAAUAGGUGGCGCAACAAUCUGGGUGAGUGAUGGAGAUGGAGGGGGAGCUACAACGUGGGGCACUUCGACUAGAGGAUAUGCUCUUCGAUAAUGAAGACGAGGUCUCGCCUGCAGAGGAUGAUGAAGGUGAGCAAGAUGACGAUCGCGACGUGCUCCACUAUUAUACAAAUAUCUGCGUUGUAUGUGAGACCUGGGAAACCGAAAGUGAGACAAGUUGUGAUGUUGCUGUGAGUGAGAGCGACGAGCAUGAAGAGGGGGCAGGAGAGAGUUGGGUCAACCUGAUGGCACUCUCUUAUCAGAUUGAGGAUGAGAGUGCAGUUGGCGAUGGAGAAAAGGAAUAUGCCACUGAUGACACAGGUGAGUGGGAGGUUGAGGAUGAGAGUGCAGUUGGCGAUGGAGAGAGGGAAUAUGCCACUGAUGACGCAGGUGAGUGGGAAGGGGAGUGGGGGCUAUUGGCAACGGUGGAAAUGGUGGUAGCAGCAACGGCGACGGCAACGGCGAAAGCAGAAGCAAAUACAACAACAGUAACAACAACAUUGUCAACAUCAACAACAACAAUAAUGGAGGGGGAGCAGGGGUUUAUGGCAGAGGUGGUGGUUGUGGUAGAGGAGAGGCAAGGAAUGGAAGAGAUUGGCAAGAAGGGUGGGAUGGUUGACAACAACAAUGACAACAACAACAAUAACAACUUCAACAAUGGCGACGAGCAGCGAAUGAGCAAACUGGGUGAGACGGGCAUGAAGGAGGAUAACAACAACAACAACAACAACAACAACAACAACAACGGUGACAACAACAAGAUGGAGGAGAGGGGAGAGAACGCUGACAGCAACAACAACAACAACAAAAACGACAACAACAACAACAACAACAACAAAGACGACGAAAACAACGAGAUGGUUGAGAUUGGAGAGGAUGAUGACAACAACAACAACAACAACAACAGUAACAAUAACAACGACGGUGAGCAGGGAUUGGGGGAAAAGGGUGAGAAGGAUGACACUGACAACAACAACGACGACGAUAACAACAACAACAACAACAACAACAAAAACAACAACAGUAAUAGCAACAAGAAUAACAGCAAUCACGACGACGGCGGCAGCGACAACCAUGGGGGCAGCGGGGCAGAGAGUGGUGCUUCUACAUCCAAGCUCCUUACCAGCAUCACGGGAAAGAUGUCACCAUCAGUGCAGUGGGGGGGAAUCUGUAGCUUGUUGCGGCUGGCGAAGUGGGGUUUGAGGUUGAAGGUACGACUUACCGUUCCCCCCCACCCCUACCCGGUGUUUUCUCAUGAUGAAUCGUGUCUUCUUUUCUGGCGACGGGUGGGGAUAGGAUAGAUGAUCUCCCUGCGAUGAUUAGGGUUGAUUGCCUCUCAUAUUUCUAACCCUCAACUCUUAAUCAUGAAAGGAUUGUUGAUGCCUUUUGGUGAUACAGGUGAGCCAAGUACAUAUACAGUCUGCCUGCACACAUCAUACUACAGAGAUGCUGGACUCGGUUUCCAGCUCACAUAGAGUACAUCAGCUCUGGGGUUUCGCUUCAUAUCUGUGUUAGGGUUCGAUUUCUGGCUUGAUUGAUAGAAUUGGGCUUGAUGCCUCGCUUACUAUGGUGCUAUGCUAGGUUAGGGGAUAGGGUUUUCCCUUCAGGGGACAUGUAUUAAUCAAUGAAUGAAGACAGA